AUGGCUGUCCUCAAACCAGCCAUCCUCCUCCGCCUCCGCAAACCCCCUUCGCUCCCCUCCAAACGCUACGUCUCGAACACCAGCAAACCCGACGACAGCACCUCCAUCCCAGUCCCCAACACUGUGCCCACGAUCCCCAUAUGGCAGCGUCUGGGCCCGCUAUCCCGAGGUUUCCAAGCGUAUGGAAGGAGUCAGAGGAAGUGGCCGUAUAGGACGCAGUUUAUAAGUUCGCUGGUGAUUUAUUUUCUUGGGGAUCUGUCGGCGCAGAAGAUGAAUGGGGAUGAAUAUGAUGGGAAGAGGACGUUGCGGGCGUUUGUUAUUAGUGCGGGGAGUUCGAUUCCGAGUUAUAAAUGGUUCAUGUUCCUCAACACCCACUUCAACUACCCCUCCCGUCUCCUCUCCCUCCUCACCAAAGUCACCGUCAACCAAAUCUGCUUCACGCCCCUCUUCAACACGUAUUUCUUCGGCAUGCAAUCCCUCCUCUCGGGCGACGCCCUCCCAGAGGUUUGGGAACGCAUAAAAAGAACGGUCCCGACUAGCAUGCUGAAUAGUUGUAAAUUGUGGCCCGCGGUGACCGCGUUCAGUUUUACAUUUAUAGAUGCGCAGUAUAGAAGUGUUUUUGCGGGGGUUAUUGCGAUUGGGUGGCAGACUUAUUUGAGUUUUUUGAAUAGGAGGGCGGAGGUGGAGAGUGGGUUGGAGAGGGGGAUGGAGGAGAAGGAGGGGAGGAGGAUUGAAGUUUAG